ACAUAGUUUAUGUCAACGCUUGGGUGAAACGAACCUGUUUGGGAUCUAAUAGGACGACAUCGCGACUUUGUUUGAGUACUUUCAUCUCAGGAUGUUGCUGUUUCUCUUGUCAAUAGCGUCCCUUGUCUCAUAUACUUAUCAGGCUAAAGUAGGAUGUGGAAAUAAUCCUGCGGACAUCGUUUUUGUUCUCGAUUCCUCAAGUAGUAUAUGGCCUCCGCAUUACGACCUCAUGCUGGAUUUUGUAAAAAAGUUUGCUAGUGAUUUUGAGGUCGGACCUGAUAAAUUACAGUUAGGAGUCGUCACAUACAGCGACAACGUUGAAAAUCAGUUCAAUCUCAACCAGCAUCAAGACGAUAUGUCCCUUGGUAAGGCUAUCAAGGCAAUCAGGCAGAAAGGAGGCAGAACUAAUACAGCCGCUGGAAUCCGUUAUUUGUACAAGAAAAGCUUUUCAAAAGCCGCGGGAAUGCGUGAUGGUGUCCCCCAUAUUGGUAUCAUCAUCACAGACGGUGUUUCGAAUGAUAAGAAAGACACAGCCCGUGCUGCCGGAGAGGCCAGACAAUCGGGUGACUUGAUGGUUAUGUCUAUCGGAGUUGGCCGUCAGGUGAAUACUAAGGAGUUACAGAGCAUUGCAGGACCUGAGGGCAAUGUGUUUGAAGUGAAGAAUUUUGAAGCACUGAAUAGCAUUAGAUCCCUGAUCUCAAUCAAAGUCUGCAAGACAGCGUGUGGUGAUAAGAGCCCAGCUGAUGUUGUCUUUAUGAUCGACUCUUACAAAUCUGGAGACUCAAACACAAAGAAAGCCUUGAACUUCCUUGGUGAGCUGUCAAAGGAGUUCGAGAUCGCCGAUGACAAAAUCCAAGUCGGCCUGGUGCAUCAGUGUCUCGUCAGCGGGUUCCCCCUUAGCAAGUACCACGACCGGGAGAGUUUAGAGAAUGACGUAAGCAAUGUUCACGUGAAUACAUUCGCCGACCUUAUGAAGCACCUAACACUCCGAAGCUUCACUGUAGAGGAAGGUGGCCGACCCGAUGCCAAAAGAAUCGCAAUCGCUAUCCUCGAUACAAAAUUUCCUGACCAUGGUAAUGCUGUUCGAGUUGCUGGAAAGGCAAAGGCUCAAAACAUCGAAAUAUUUGUGAUCGGUGUCGGCAGUGGAACAGACUAUAAAGAACUGACACUGGUAGCGAGUUCUCCAGCUGACAAACACGUCUUCUCGGUGUCUUCAUACGAUGAUCUUCCGGAACUUACUCAGAAAAUAAAGAUACAUAUUUGUGAAGAUCUCUAAGCCAUCGGAACGAAUUCAAUACGAACAAAAGGGUAAGAACUUUGAACGACAACGGACAAUGGUUUAAACAAAACUGAAACUGUACAGUAUAAAUCACAACCUGGUCUGGAGUUACGAAUAUUUGUAUACUAAUUACCAGAGAUUGACCAGGCAAAGAGACCAGGUUUUUACAAAAGCAAAACGUGGAUCCUGAUGCUAAAUAAAUAAGACAACUGAUGUUCAAAUUCAUCUGUCAAUCAAUCUUUUUUUUAUUAUGUCGCCAUUCAGUUUAUGAAGAAUUACAGCACUCACGAGACACAUAACCAGAUGAUAUUAUAGAUGACAGUCGAAUGGUAUUAUUGAUACAUGGCAAUAUCCAGCGCAAGUACAGUAUCAUAG